AUGAAACCUAAUUAAUAGCAAUUUAUAGAAUUAAUAACUCAAAAAGUAGUUAAUAAUCAUCACUAUUUGAUAUAGAAACUCAUAAAAUAAAUUUAUGCUUUGGAGAGAUAAUUGAUCCAAAAUUUCAUGAAUCAAAAUGUGCCACAUUUUCUUAUAAUUAACUUAUUGGAUGCUAAGACUUGUAAAUUGCUUUUAUGUUUAAAAGUAAUACGUCUAUUAUAGCUUUCUUUCGAAUUAAAAAAAAUCGGAAUAAUCGCUUAAGUAAGUGAAUAAGUAAUAAAAUUAUGGAAUUUAAAGGCCUUAUAAUAAUUUGAAAUGGAUGGUCAUUCUGGUUAUUUAAUUCCUUAUGCAUUUCACAAGAGGGAUUGUAAUUGGUGUCAGGAUCAGAUACUGAAAUUAUUAGAUGGGAUUUGA